GGCCAUUGUCCUACCACACUAGUACCACGGUAUCAUUUUCAAACUUAUAUUAGACCACCUUUUCGCUAAUUUCACCACUCAUUUCCACCGUCUAUCUGGCAAGCCACGCACGCGACUGGCGCCAUGAUCCGCGACUUUGUGCAAUGGACGGCCGCCUUCAGCGAGACGGGCGAGCUCGAGCAUCUGCGCGGCUGUCGCGUAGGCAUUGAAGCUGCCGAGUACCUCAACCAGCGUAUUCUCAACCACCCCCGCGCAAAGGAGCCCCUCGUCCCCGCACUUGGAGGUCUCCCACUGGCAUUGGCGCAACACAUUGAGGAAGAUCUGGCCGCUUUCCGCAGUUUCGAAAUUGAGCCUUACUUUAUAUUUAGUGGGCUGGAUAUCACAAAGCAAGGAAACCCAUUCGGGCACAAGACUGCAGAGGCGACUGUGAACGCAGAUGCAUGGAAUCUGUACGACAGUCAUCAGGCCGAAGCUUCAGUCGCUCGGUUUGGAGAGUCAACAUACGUCACACCAGAAGACCUCUUUCGCGCAUUGCAAUCUAUCCUUACCGAACAAAAGACUCGCUGGACGGUUGCACCUUACAGUGCCUGGGCUCAGAAGAACGAAUACGUCCACGCCAUCGCCGCUUCGUCAGACACCCUCAUCUUCGAGGCCACCCAGCUCAUCACAUCAUGGGACUUUGAGGCACGGCAAUUCAGCUUCAUACGACGAGAAAAAUGUGUAGCCGAUUUGUCCAAGUUCGUCAGCGCUCCUCAGAUUUCCAACGACAUCUUUCUUGACACUUGCAUACUGGCUGGAACACCAUUCCUCCCCACACUUCCCAUAUUGGAUGCGCCGAACAGAGCAGAGCUUUUGAAGCCUUACAGUGCCAUCAAGAUGAUUAUGAGCAACGGCCAGUCGGGCUACUCGGUUGUUGUUAGCAACAACGAUGUCCCACCCUCUGGGAAGGAGCCAUCAGAAGCACAAGCCCCCUCCAUUGUUGACACAUGGAAUGUCAAGGAAUCCAUCUUCAAAGAUACUGUUGGAAAACAUAAGGAUUGUGGAAUUCUUGGGGCAGCUAUCUUGUCUUUGCAAGAUGCUGAUUUCGCUGCCAAGACCAUAUCCAAGAAGGAACACAAGAAUCCACUUGCAUCAUCCACCGAGAUCCUUUACAACUCAAUAUGGCGCUUUCUCGCUUUACGUGAGUACGUGGAUCAGAAGACGCACAACUUGACCCAAUGGGGAAAGGUUCUUGCUGCUGUUAUCUCUGGACUUAAGGGCAAGCCAGAGCAUGAAGAAGCAGCGGUGCUGGCAGUCGAAUUGAUCCGCAUGGGUCUCUUGACUUCAGAUAUCAACAUGUUCCCUACGUACAACGGCGCGCCAAUGCGCGGUAGCACAAAGGACAAAAACUCGAACAUGCUAGUAUCUCGUGUUGCUGGUCUUGGUAUUUUGCACCACCGACCGAUUGGCUUUACUGGCCCUCUUAGCCAACAUCUUCUCGGAUAUAACUCCAUCAUCAAUGUUGUUCGUCAAACUCUGCGGGAACUUAUCGAAGUGGCGUGUACACACAUGUUUUUGACUGGCUGUGCUAAUCGGCACGUUGAUAUUACAUCAGUCGCGAUGAAACUUCCCUUCCUUUUACCGAACAACUGCGCACUGAGCAUUGCCGUCAAAUCCUAUCUUGACGAGUUACUUAGCAACGACGCCGAUCCCACCGCUGCGGAAACCAAAGCCCGCGUGAUUGAAACGGCAUCAACACGCUACUUCCCGCAAUCACUCAACUUUGUUGAAGACCUUACGACGGCAUUCUCAAUGUGGGACGCAAUCUAUGCUGGGGUCACCAGUGCGAGCAGUACGACAAUCCCAGAAGCCACCAAGCAAGCCUGGGCGGAGACGAACCAAUGGCUCGCCGAGCGGCGAUAGUACCGCAAAGAUGACC